AGAGCAUCUGCUGCUUACGGAUGUGAACCGGACACGUCUGGAACACCGACCAGGAGUCGGAGGUGGGGCAGUAGCGAAGCACAUUGGUGUUUCUGUCUGUCAGGAAAGAAAAACGUUGCAUCAGAAAUAAGCAGGAGGACGGCAGGCGCAUCAAUGACGGGGACAGCAGUCAAACCUUCACCGCUCGGCCUGUUUGACGUCCGUGGCUCCAGGUAUCGAGCUGCCAGCUGUUUGUGAUCCGAGCUCAGGAUGUGGAGGCCGGUGCGCACCUCCUGCUUCUCCCGCUGCCUCCUUUCCAUCUACCUCCUCUUCAUCCUCCUCAUCAUCAGCGCUCACAGAUCAGCAGCGUCAGCCGAUGGAGACUUGCAUCCUUGCGACAAGGGAGAUUUCUUCUACCAGUACACAGAGUGUGACAGCACCGGGUCAAGAUGGCGGGUCGCCAUCCCUCUCAGUCCCGGCUCCUGUUCGGACCUCCCCUCUCCAACCAGAGGAACAGACUGCUCCUUCUCCUGUCCGGCUGGAAUGUUUCUGGAGAUGUCGUCCCAGUUGUGCACGCCGUGUGCAGCCGGUUCUUACUCUCUGGGCAGCGGACUGAGGUUCGACCAAUGGGACGCCAUUCCUGCGGGCUUCACGAGCCUAGCCAGCUUUUUGGAUCCUGGACCAAAUGGAGAGGACAUACAGGCCUGUAACAGCUCAUCAUGGACGCCGCAGGGUGUGUACCUGGAGUCCAACCGCGACGAGUGCACAGUGUCUCUAGUUUACGCCGUCCAUCUGGAAAAACAGGGAUCCGUCUCGUUCACCUAUCAGUAUCCAGACAACAACAUUUUCUUUGAGUUUUACGUCCAGAACGAGCAAUGCCAAGAAAUGUCCCAGACUGACGACCAGAAGUGGAUUAAAGUCACUAGCAGUGGAGAAUGGGGAACACAUACAGUGAGCCUGAAGUCGGGCACAAACAUCCUGUACUGGAGAACAACUGGGAUACUGGUGGGAGGGAAGAUGGUGAAACCGGUUCUGCUGAAGAACAUCCAAAUAGAGGGUGUCGCCUACACGUCUGAGUGUUUUCCAUGUCGGCCCGGCUGGUUCAGCCCGAUGCCCGGUUCCUCAUCCUGCCAAGCGUGUCCUAGCAACACAUACUCUGGAAAGGGAGCGUCCGCCUGUUCAGCCUGUCCUGAACACUACUACUCACAUGAGGGCUGGGCUGAAUGUAAGGUGAGACCGCCGUGCUCAGAGAAGGAUUACUUCCAGAUUCACACAGCCUGCGACAGCGAGGGAAAGACGCAGGUGCUGUAUCGAUGGGUGGAGCCAAAAAUCUGCGUGGAAAACGUGACGGGGGCCGUCAAGCUGCCUGCAACCGGACAGAGAGAGCCGUGCCCCCCCUGUAACCCCGGAUACUACAACAGCAACGACUCCACCUGUCUGCCCUGCCCACCUGGAACACACUCUGACGGCAUCUACGCGUGCGUCGAGUGUCCUGCAGGCACCGAACCCGUGUUGGGUUACGAGUACAAAUGGUGGAACGUGCUGCCGUCCAACAUGAAGACGUCUUGCUUCAACGUGGGGAACUCCAAAUGCGACGAUAUGAACGGAUGGGAGGUCGCUGGAGAUCACAUCCGCAGCGGGGCAGGAAGUUCGGACAACGAUUACCUCAUCCUCAGUCUCACUGUUCCGGGAUUUAAGGUGCCGGCGUCGCUCUCAGGGAUGACCGGUGGAGAGAUCGGAAAAAUCACGUUUGUGUUCGAGACGAUCUGCUCUGCUGACUGUGAGCUCUACUUCAUGAUGGAUAUGAACAGGAAGAGCACCACCGUGGUGGAGUCCUGGGAGGGCAGUAAGGGGAAGCAGGCGUUUUCCCACAGUAUGACGAGAAACGCCUCUGUGACGUACACCUGGGCCUUUCAGAGGAUGAGCCACGCUUUGGAUGUGCGCCGUUACGUCAGCGACACGGUGAAGAUCUACUCCAUCAAGGUGACCAACGUCCUGGACGGGGUGGCGUCGGCGUGCCGGGCCUGCGCUCUCGUCCCACAGAACUCGCAGCGGGCCGGCUCCUCCUGCGUUCCCUGCCCCGCCGGGUUCUUCAUCGACCGGGAGACCAACAGGUGCCAGGAGUGUCCGGCCAACACACACCUGGCUGGGCGGCACACCUACGGCCAGGACGCCUGCAUCGCCUGUGGACCCGGAAGCAUCAGCAACAAGGAGCAUUCCCGCUGCUUCAGCGACUGCUUUUUCACCCACACGGAGAACAACAGAACGCUGACCUUUGACCUCAGCCCCAUGAGUAAUGUGGCUUCGUUGAUAUUGGGGCCAAGUUUCACCUCUAAAGGCACAAAGUAUCUACACCUGUUCAACGUCAGCCUCUGUGGCCACGAGGGAAAACGAGCUGCUGUCUGCACCGAUAACGUCACCGACGUGUCCAGCAAAGACGACCAAAGUGACCUGUCUCAGUUCGUCAACACGGUGGACAGCUUCCUGUGCCAGUCGACCAUCAUCCCAGGAGAUGGGCGGGGCUUCAGGAUGGCCAUCUCCUCCCAGUCCAUCAGCCUGGCCGACACAUUCAUAGGAGCAACAGUGGACACGGUUCUCAGCGGAGUGAACGCCAAACCGGAUCUGUUCCCAGAAAAUCCAAACGACGUUCCGGACAUCAACUUCUUCUACAGGUCAACGCAGGCGACGGCGUCCUGUGAUCAGGGUCGAAGUUCAGUCAUCACGGUUCGCUGCGACCCGGACGCAUCAGACAGAGGAGAACUUUCUGUGCCCAGCUCCUGUCCUGCAGGGACGUGUGACGGAUGCAUGUUUCACUUCCUGUGGCAGAGCGCCAGCGCCUGUCCGCGCUGCACUGAGGCCGACUACCACCUGAUAGAGGGAGCCUGCAGGGGGGGAAUCCAGGAAACGCUGUACGUGUGGAAUGAACCAAAACUGUGCAGCAAAGGCGUGGCGCUGCCUUCUCGAAGCUCCGCCCCCUGCGAGGUCAUCGCUCUGUGGCUGAAGGUCGGGCUCGGCGUCGGAGCCUUCGUCGCCGUGCUGCUCGUCUCCCUCACCUUCUAUUUCUGGAAGAAAAACAAGAGGUUGGAGUAUAAAUACUCCCGUCUGGUGAUGUCCGCCAACAAGGAGUGUGAGCUGCCAGCUGCAGACAGCUGUGCGCUGGCGGAAGGAGAGGAGGCCGAAGACGACGUGGUUUACACCCAGAAACCCUCCCUGCUGGGGAAACUCAGGGCCAUCGCCAACAAGCAUGAGGGUGGAGAGAGCAGCGAGUCGGUGCAGCUGAACUCCUCCCGUGCCGAUCGAUGGGUCCUGGGAUAAAGUUUCCUGAUGGACGGUGAUGCGUUCGCUGUCCAGAGUCCUGUGUCUCUUUUUUUCUAUCGAACUGCAGACAGCCUGGAUAAUGCAUCGUAAUUUUCCUCCACAGUUUAACUCCAUGGAUUCAAAAACUGCACCAAAAAACAAACAUCAUCUUAAUGUUUUUUGUACGUUUUGUAUUUUAUUUAUUUUCUGUUCAGGGUUAUGUAUUUAUAUUGUUAUGAUAAAGAACGUUUAUUAAAGUCCUGUUUGACUUUAUUAGAAGAUCUCUCAAGUUAAUGUCCUUCAACAUUAUCCAGUGAAUGGAGGCGGGCUUUGUAGAAAAACAGUUUAUAAAACUUAAUUUUAAUGCAUUUUGUUUGUUCUUUUUUUCAGUGACAUCUCAGAUUAGUUUUUGAAAUGUGUUUAGAAAGUAUUUAUUAAUUUAUCUGCCCCUUUAACCAGAGCAAAAACUUGCUUUUUGUGAUAUUUUACUUAAUCAUGUGGUCAUUAAUGAUCCUGGAUUUGACUGUACUGGGACUUUAAAAUCCCUGUUUUCUCGCUUCCAAUGUUUAAAAUAAGACAAAAUGAUUGUAGAUGAAUAACCAAAGAAUUUGCUUUUCAAAUUCUUUUGGUGUGCACUCAUAAAUUUAGACACUUUUCGUCCCUGGAAAAGAUGAAUGAUCAUUGUUUUUACUUUGGUAUUAAGUUUUCAGGUCACUUCCAGUAUCAUAGAUGUUUGUAAAAACUAUUAGAGCUCCAAUAUAUUUGAAUAUAGUUUCAGAAAAAUGACAGUAUUAAAGUAUAAUAAGUUUUGGAAAAAGCCUUU